AUGCAGUUACAGAUCUUGCUCCUGCUCCCCAUGGCCUUUCUCCUGCCCCCCAAGACUUGGGCUGGUGAAAUCAUUGGGGGAAAGAAAGCGAAGCCCCACUCCAGGCCUUACAUGGCCUAUCUGGAUAUACGAGAAGGAAACAAGAGCUACAACUGCGGAGGGUUCCUGGUGUCAGAGAACUUCGUGCUGACGGCCGCUCACUGCAAUGGAGAUGAGAUUAUUGUCAAGCUAGGAGCCCAUAACAUAAAACUGUGGGAAUGGAACCGACAAAAGAUCAACAUGUGCCACCGGAUCCCUCACCCACAACACGACAAGAAGACUUAUAACAAUGACAUCAUGCUGCUGCAGGGCGACUCUGGGGGGCCUUUGGUGUGUGGUCAAACAGCCCAUGGCAUCGUCUCUUGGGGAUCCCGAAAGGGGACCCCCCCCGGGGUGUACAGAAGAGUCUCCACCUUCAUCCCUUGGAUACAGGAGACAAUGAAGAGGCUGUAG